UGAUCUUUGUCCAUGAUGGAACUCUAAAAAAAAUAUGGGUGAAGAUGUCAACUUGUCAAAUAAGAAUAUGGCCAGUUAUCGUGAGAAGAUUUCGGACCCAACCAUCACAGCAACAUUUGUUGAGCCUUACUUAAAAACAGGUAUCAAAGAUGAAUUUGAAUCAGCUGUGAGCAGGGUACUGCAGUCAUACUCUGCUGACUCUGUUAGGAUGUUUUUAUGGUUCUUAAGGAAACAGAAGGAUCCACAAAAGCAAUGUAAGGUUGCGUUACAACAUCUUGUGUUCGAAGGAAAUCUCACAGUUCCACUUCAUGGGAAUGGCCUGGUAACAAUUCUUCUUUCUGAUGAAUUCGAAGAGGAUCUUAAAGUAAUUUUUAUUGAUCAUGCUACAAAUGAGAUAACUCUUUUGGGCUAUUUUCCUGCACCUGAGAGCAUAUUAUUUAACAUGGUUGUUCGUGGUGACUUUACAAAGAAGACUCAAUUCUUCUGCAGAUUAACACAUGAUGGAAACCAUGCUGUUCUUUUGGGACCACCUCGUUCUCCAGAAUUACUAGCAAUUGCUGUUUACCAGUUAUCACCUCCAGUACAACUUUUCGAAAGACGUUUUGAAGAAACACCUUUUGUGAAGCAUGACCCACUUGCCAUUGCAUUGAAUCCCUCCAGUGUAUUGCAAGGUCAGUAUCAAAUGGCUAUGAUUACAGGAAAUGAAAAAGAAAUCAUUUUGACUAUGCUAAACCUGGUAACGCUGAGACAUUCAAUUCUUCAAUUGGAAUCAGUGCAACCUCAAUCCCGUUGGCCAAUUUAUUGGAUGUACGGUGCUCGGGAUUAUCGUGGGGAUCGAAUUGAUUUCUCUUCGGAUGGUCGAUUCUUGAGUGUACCUUGUUACAUAGAAAAUGAGUCUAUGGAUGCCUGCUUGAUCAUAGAAGUCAGCACACUUGAGCCUUUGUGUCGGAUAUCAAUGGACAGCACUUUGGAUGACUUGUGGCUUACUUGGAGGUUUCCUGUCUUUUCGGAAUGUGAGACGAAACUCAUUACUUGCCACAUUGCGAAAGAGAAUGGUAGACGGAAUAAACAGAAAUAUGAGCUGCUUUUUUACAAGAUUCCUGCUAUGUACAGUUUAAAGAUCUUGUGUCGGGCCGUUAUUGUUGAAUGUGUCAGACCGACGUUGUUAGAUCAGCUUCCUGUCCCGAAAGAUAUGAUAGAAUUUUUACGCGGGAAAUAUAACCCAAUCAGAGACUUUCCUCGGGGUUCUCGAACGUCUCAACUGCCUAUACCGGAUGAUAAAACUUCCAGAUGUAACUUACUGUGAAAAGUCGCAGUUAAGUUGAAAGUCGAAAAGAAAAGACGAAAGAACGUGAGCACGACUGUAUUAAAGAUCUAAUGCCUGGUUUCAAUAAAGCCAUUAGUAUCGUGAACAUGA